GGCGCCUGGGCAUCACGUUCACGGCGACCGAGGACGGCAGGGUCAAGAUGGAGAUGACCCAGAAGCCCCGUGGAGAGCCAAUCAAGCUGAGCGGACUGCUCACCUUGAUGCAGGGGGUGGUGGACCGCCAUUCGGACCUGCUGGCCGAGGAGCUGAGGGCCGCGGGCGGGCACGUGACGCUGUUCUGGCGGUACAUGGGCGGGGACUGCCCGGAGACUAGGCGAACCGAAGGGCUGCCUCUGCACGGCUGGUCCUCAGAUUGGUCCCACACCGACAUCGCGAUGCCUGAUUUCACCUUCACAGAGUACAAGGA